AUGGCAUCGUCAGACGAAGGCUGCCUAGUGCGUCUCAACGAGGAUCUUAGGAGCCCCAUGAUCAACAAAACAGUCGAUAAGAUCGUGAGACUGCUUGUGACGAACUUUCUCAUGGAGCAGAGCCUUGAUUAUCUGUGGCCCUCAACAGGAGAUGAUAACGACGCGGAGGAUCAAGCUCAGUACCAGAAGAGGGAGGAAAUGGUGCCCUCAGUCAUCAUCGCAUUAUACGUCAUCGCCGCUAUCCCUACGCCUAAGGAUCUAGGGAUUGAAUGGAUCACCGAAGAGGAGCACAUGAUCCUCAGGCAAGCCUACAAAAUAGAGACGGAGAAGCCUAUCGAGGAACGAGUCGUGGAUAUCCGCGCGAUAGACGAAUACAUAGGGUACAUCUGGUAUAAGAUAGUUGUUUCAAGGGAUAGAAACGAUAAUAAACCCAUUGAAAAAUUCUUGGAGGGGCUGAACGGUUUGCCUUCUGGUAAACCUGCCUUGGGAGUGAUGUAUCCUCUCCACAAAGAUAAUUUGGAGCAAGUGGGCAUCAAUUACAGAUCCCAUCUCGAAAGAUUCCUUGAUGAAUGA